GGCAGCGGGCGCCUGGGGUUCGGCUGUCAUCUCCCUCACUCCUUCUUGGCCUGGGGGUCUUUUUUGGGGUGGGAGCGUGUCCCCCAGGGAAGGGGGGUUCCUUCUCAAUGCAGCUGCCCUUGAAAAUGGAGUCGAGCACCGAGGAGGAGAGCUGGCUGGAAGAUCAGUGGGAGAAAUGGCUCACCCACGACAUCAGCCUCGAGGAGUUUGAGGAUGAAGACCUCUCCGAGAUCACCGACGAGUGUGGAAUCAGCCUGCACUGCAAGGAAAGCCUGGCCACCCGGGGCCGUGUGAGCCGGGCGGGCGGCGGGGCCCGGGCGGGCGGCGGGGAGGCCGGGCGGCUGCAGGCCGAGAUGCUCCAGCUCGACCUCAUCGACGCGGCGGGGGACGCGCCGGCCGAGGAGCAGACGGCGCCCGAGCCGCUGCAGAAGGAACCCCCGGCCGGGACCACGGAUGUCUACAGGCCGAAGCGACCCACAACUCUUAACCUCUUCCCGCAGGUGCCUCGCAGCCAGGACACUCUGAAUAACAACUCUCUGGGGAAAAAGCACAGUUGGCAGGAGCGGGUGUCCCGGUCGUCAUCCCCUCUGAAAACGGGUGAGCAGACCCCUCCCCACGAUCACGUUUGCCUGAGUGAUGAGGUCAAUCACCAAAACAGCACAACCUCCACCAAAGACCGGGGCACAUCCACGGAGAGCCCGUGCCGGCGCACAGCGGCCACCCAGAUGGCACCUGCCUGCGUCGCCUCGUCCCGGCCACCCGAGAAGCAUCAGGCCACCAGCCGCCCUCCACCGCACGGUGCCAGCGUAGUGGUGGUGACGACGAGGGGCCCCGAGGCUCACCGGGACCGCAUCCGCUACCAGACAGACGUGAGGCUGGAAGCCACGGAGGAGAUCUACCUGACGCCCGUGCAGAAGAACUCGGAUCCCCUGGAGACUGACAAGCCCUUCCUGUCUCAGUCCAGUGAGAACCGCAUGUCCAUCAGCUCCGACAUCGACACCUCCGGCUAUUCGGGCCUGGCAGGGAAAACCAACCCCUCCAUCAGUGAGGAGGACGAGGUGCUGGACUACAUGUCCUCCCCCGACAAGACAAACCUGCCCAGGGCCUCCUGCGGUGGUGGGAACGGUGGCUGCCGGCCAGGCCACAACCUUCAGAGAGCCUCAGUGAGUUCGGACACCAGCGCCCUCUCCUACGACUCGGUCAAAUACACCUUGGUGGUGGACGAGAACGUGCAGCUGGAGCUGGUCAGCCUCAAGCAGUGCUACUCGGGCUACAGCGACGAGAGCGACUCGGCCACUGUCUACGACAACUGCGUCUCCUCGCCCUACGAGUCGGCCAUCGGCGAGGAGUACGAGGAGGACGCGCUGAAGCGCGACUCGGUCUGCCUCUCCGAGGACUCCACCCCCGAGGCGGACAUCCACUUCUCCAAGAAGUUCCUCAACGUCUUCAUGAGUGGCCGGGCGCGUUCCUCCAGUGCCGAGUCCUUCGGGUUGUUCUCCUGCGUGAUCAAUGGGGAGGAGCAGGAGCAGACCCACCGCGCCGUCUUUAGGUUUGUGCCUCGCCACGCGGAUGAGCUGGAGCUGGAGGUGGACGAUCCUUUGCUGGUGGAGGUGCAGGCAGAAGAUUAUUGGUACGAGGCCUACAACAUGCGGACGGGUGACCGGGGUAUUUUUCCCGCCUACUACGCUAUUGAAGUCACCAAGGAUCCAGACCACGUAACAGCUCUGGCCAAGAGCAGCGACUGGGUGGACCAGUUUCGGGUGAAGUUUCUUGGCUCGGUGCAAGUUCCCUAUCACAAGGGCAACGACGUGCUGUGCGCGGCCAUGCAGAAGAUUGCCACCACGCGCCGCCUCACUGUGCACUUUAACCCACCCUCCAGCUGCGUCCUGGAGAUCAGCGUGCGUGGGGUCAAGAUUGCUGUGAAAGCCGACGACCCCAAGGAGCACAGCAAGGUAAACAAGUGUAGCCAUUUUUUCCAGCUGAAGAACAUUUCCUUUUGUGGGUACCAUCCAAAGAACAACAAAUAUUUUGGGUUCAUCACCAAGCACCCUGCUGACCACAGAUUUGCCUGUCAUGUCUUUGUCUCCGAGGAGUCCACGAAGCCACUGGCGGAGUCCGUCGGGAGGGCUUUUCAGCAAUUCUACAAGGAGUAUGUGGAGUACACGUGCCCCACGGAGGACAUCUACUUGGAGUAGGGGCUGGCACAGGCACCUCCUGCACAGCCAGGGCUGCAGUCUCGCCCCUUCCCCGUGUCGUGCAUGGACAAGAGCUGCUUUGAGCCUGGAGGAGGAGCGGGCCCGGGGCAGGGCUCCCUGGGGCCCGGAGCGCCGCCUCUUUUCGUGACUCCCCUUCCUCGGGCUGGGGCUGGGGGGGACGGGAGGGGGGAGGGCUGGACAAAUUGUGUUUAUUGUACAAAAUACUCUUAGUUUAUUCUAUUGGAGAAGCACCCGCUGGGUGCCUUGCCCGUGAGCGGUGGAAGGGGUGAGCAGCAGUGUGCUCGGGCCCUUUCCUGCUGCCGGUUGGGGUGACAGCAUCUCCUCCUUGCGACCACGGCCCAGCUUCUCGUCACGUCCCUCGGGGUGGUGGGGGGGAGGGGGGUGACUUUUAAUGCAGUGGCGGAGUCGGACUCUCAAAAGCAUGAAGACACAGCAGCUACAGCAAACAAGGACCCACGUGCUGGUUCCUGCCUGGGAGAGGGGCUUGCCCUGGGCGGGCAUCGCCUCUCUGCCAGGCCUUGGGGACAAGGCUGCUGGGCAGGGAUGACAGAGGGGACACCCCACCCCAACCCCCCCCCCUCCACUCUCUCCUCUGUCAGUGCCAGGAUGAGCUGAGACGGCUCACCCCUGCCUCUGCCCCUGUCCCUCCCCUCUUGUAGCUGGGCCCUGGAGAGAGAAAAAUUCCACCCCCCCUGCCCGCACUAACUACAGCUUUGGGAGGGGAGCCCUUCUCUGCCCCUUUCGCCCUCUCCCCACAGCUGAGGGGGCAAGAGCAGGGCUGGACCACCCCGGAGCGGUGGGGCUCAGCCCCCCAGGCCAGAAGCAGGGCAGGGAAGGGCUAAAGCCUGCAGGGAGCCGUGCGGAGGGAGGUAGAAGAGCUCUCCUGGGCCCCGCAGCCAGCGGUCUCCGUGCUUCAGCUGGAUCUGCUGUGACGGCAACAACUAUUAAAUAUGAUGGUUCAUGGA